GUUGUUGAAAUUAGCGGCAAACCGCGAUAGAGAAUUGUUUAAAUAAUUAUAAUUUUGUUAGAAAAAUAUGUCAGAUCAAAGCUCAGGGGGUCACGGAAAAUUUGCAGGUGUACUGCUUCUCCUUCAAGGAUUGUUGAUAAUCUUAUUUGUAGUCUUCGUUUGCUAUAGUGAUGAUCUUCUACCAGAGACUGUUGCAGCAAAAAACUCGAAGGGCGGCACAACUGAUGCGAAAUAUUCUGGUACGUUUAUAUUAUGUGUCAAUUUUUAUUUUGAUGUUUUUCGUCACCCUUCAACAAAUUUUUCUCUCUCCAAUAUUAAGAGCUAUCAGGAGAAAAUUACAGGCUAUGAUGUGGCACAGUUAUGAUCUAUGAUUUUUCCUUUAAAGAUAAAUGUUAUUUUUAAAUAUUUAUUUUAAGUAGUGUUCUAUUCUUUUCUUCUUACACCAGUAUUUUGUUUAAUUUUAAUUAAAAAGUUGUAUGGUGAUUAGCAUAACGUUGAAUGUCCAUUCUCCGAUUUUUUUCUAGUUUCCUUUUUCUAUUUUUUUUUCUGUUAAAAAAACUCUUAUUAAGAAGUGAAAAUCUACAGUGUUGGAGUGUUGCCUCCAAUUAUCUUUCUUGAUAGAUUUUCUGAAUGUAUUAAGUCCUGAUUUUUAUAUCUUAUUUAGUGUUUGAAGGACUACAUUUCAUGGUUUUCAUUGGGUUUGGACUUCUCAUGACAUUUCUGAAGAAAUAUGGAUUUAGUUCCCUGGGAUAUAAUUUUCUUAUAUCUGCUUUGGUUAUUGAGUGGUCUACAAUGAUGCAAGGAUUUUUAGACAUGAAGAACAGCAAAAUUCAAAUUGGAUUAGAAAGGUAAUAAGCAGGUUUUUGGUGAUAAAAGUUAAUUGUUGAUUAAUUAAUUAUUGAUCCUUCUGAUCUGAAGAUCUGAAUGUCAAUUCUCUACAUUGUCUGCCAUACUUCUCACAAAUUUAGCUCUGAGAAUUUUGUGUUAAAUGAGAUGACAACCCUUGGUUAACAUUUUUAUUUCUUCUCAUUACCUUUCUGUGUAAAAAUAUAUCAAUAUUGUGAGGAGAAGCUCUCUUUUGGUCACUCCCCCUGGGUGAAGGGGCUGAUCUCUUUGCCUUUAUUCAUCCAAACCAUGCUUUAAACAGUUUUAAAUCAAGCAGAAAUAUCACCAAAAUAAUCAAGGUUUCUAAAACUGUGACCCAUGUUUAGACCAUGUUUUAAUAACCAACCCUUUGGGUCUAUUUGUCAUCUCAAGCCAGUUUUCUCUUGUCAAUGAAUUACUUAUACCCAGCAAGAAGUAAAUUACUAGGUACUAUACACCAGUUUUCUGUGAUGUGUUAUAUUUUAAUGGAUGUGGACAUUGGACAGUUUUCAUAAUUCUUAUCUUUUAGACACUUGUGCACCUGACUGCUGAAGUUAUUCAAUAUUAGGACUUCAUACUUUAAUUUUGUUUUAUGCCACUUUCUUUUUUUUCUUUUUUUUCUUUUCGGUUUUCAUUGUUUAGCAUGAUCAAGGGUGACCUCGCUGCAGUGGCUGUGACAGUCACCUUUGGAGCAUUACUUGGAAAAACAAGUCAUCACCAGCUGCUAAUUAUUUCAUUUAUUGAAGUGAUACUCUACUCUGCCAAUAGAGCAAUAGGCAUCAAGAUUUUCCAUGCAGUGGAUGCUGGUAGUUCAAUGUAUGUUCACACAUUUGGUGCCUUCUAUGGUCUUGCUGUGUCACGCAUAUUAUAUAAAAGCAAAAUUGUGGCUCAUGAGAAAGAGACCUCCAGAUAUACAUCUGAUCUUUUUGCCACAGUGGGUAAGUGAAAAAAUCUUGGGAGAUACAUCAUGAUACAAACUUACAGCAUUGGACAGAUGUAUUAAAUCUUAGCCCUUAUACUCCCGUAAGUGACCAUGACAGAAUUUCUCCUUACAAUUUCAAUACAACAAUAUCAAGCCAAGAAGUGAUGAGAGUGAGGAUUAUUAUUGAUCCCAUAUCAAAUUCUCCAAACUAAUAACAUAAGAAUUGUAUUGUAGAUAUUAAGGAGAAUUACCAGUGAGAUUUUGCGAGUGAAAUGGUUAUCCUGCUGUAAUGAGUUAGGAUAUUUUGAGAAAGUCAGCACUGGAUAUUACUGGAACAUUCCUCUUACUGAUGACCUAACCAAUGACUUUCCCAAAUAGUUUAUACUUUUCAAGCUAGAGGUAUACUCAUGAGAGAGUUUGGAUUUUGGGACCUGUACUGGAAAGGUUGAGGGAAACAUGAAUUGUAUUUUUUAUAAGAUCUAAUACUGGAUCCAUUUUAAUUUAGACGUUUCACUCUUUUCUUUUAUUGUAUGGAGGAAAGUGUGGAAUUAGUUUGAUGCAACUUUUAAUUUUUAUUUUAGGAACAAUAGUCCUAUGGGUUUGCUGGCCAAGCUUUAAUUCUGUGCUAGUGGAAGGGGUCGCAAGGCAACGAGCCAUUGUUAAUACAUACUAUGCCAUCAUAACCAGCUGUGUUACUUCUUGUGCAUUCUCAGCCCUAAUGACAAAGGGAUCAAAACUAAGUAUGGUGAGUAUUAUACAUUUCCUUUUGUUUGUCAACCGUGUUUAUUAUAUUUAAUGAAAAAAAUGAUUCAUUGGAAAUAAUGGUUCCAAUAUCUAAAUUCAUUUGGUACCUGGUAUUGUUCAUUCAAAAUGUUUACCCUACUGAAUCUAAUUGUUCAUUGGAAAUCUGAAUUCUUGAUUUCACUGUGACCUUUAUCAGAAUUACAAUGUUUGUUGUUUCCCAUGACAGAAGCUUGUAGACACUAGUUUCUUUUUAAUUUUGAAUAAAAACUAUGAUUGUGAAUCCCUCGCAUUGAUGGCAUUGCUAUCCAAAGUGGAUUAGUGUGACUCCAAGAAAAGUCUCUUGAGAUGGCUUGUCACACUGCAUUGGAAUAUUUGAACAUCUUUUGGAUGGAUGCUGUGAUUUGUGAACCAAGCAAGUUGUUUGCUCACUGAUUAGAAAAGGGAUCUUUCGGUUUAGAAAUUGGAGAACAAGGAUCUUAGUUUAUUCUUUGACUCAUGUGAGUGAUUAAGGUCUAAUUUCCUCUUAUAUCUUAAUUGCUUUGUCAGACAGAGUUCAUCGGCUGGUCAUAUUGUGUGGACAUGACUUGCAACAAAUUCUUAGAAAUUGCUGAGAAGGAAGAUUUUAGUUGUCUGUUAAGGGAAAUUAAAGGCUCAGUCCCAAGCUUAGUUUUGAAAGUAGAUCUUUUGGUAAUGGCUGUUUAUCAUCUCUUCCAUAUAUUUACAGGUUCAUCUCCAGAAUGCCAGCCUGGCAGGGGGUGUGGCUGUGGGUACAAUUGCACCCAUGAUAAUUCAGCCAUGGGGUGCAGUGCUGAUAGGGUUUGUAGGCGGGGCUUUAAGUACCUCGAGCUUUAAAUACACUCAGGUAUUAAGGAGACAAUUUUACUAUUUAGUCUUUGAUAUGUGAUCUGUUUCCAAAUAAAUAAGUUUACAAAUGAAUUAAUUUCUUCUUUUAUUGCAUCUUGAUACUGGUCAAAUUUACACUUUUGCAUCCAUUUUUCUACAUUUUGUUUUUCAGCCUUGGCUCAUAAGAAGGCUUAAAGUUCAUGACACUUGUGGAGUUAACAGCUUGCAUGGAUUACCAGGGAUCUUGGGAGCUGUAGCAGGAACCAUCUCUUCUAGUAUUGCUGGCUAUAAACAGUACAAAACAAGGUAAGGAUCAACAUGGAACUUCUCCCUAUAAUAUCUAUGCAUUAUCCUGUAAACUAGUAUUGAGAAAACUCUAACUUAUCAGGUAGAAGUUGUUAUUUUGAUCUAACACUAGAUUUUCAUAACUGAUAUACAAGGAAAUGUGUAGCAGCUAGAUCUGGGAGUUAAAGGGUUAAAACAAUUUGCUGAUUUAUGAUGUGCAAUGGUUAUUCAGGGAUUAGUUCAAUUAAUAUAUAUUUAUUCAGGAUAGUUCAAGUUAAAGGAAGAUGUAAAAUUAGCAACCUUGAAUUUUGUGUGGUAAAUACUGUAUAUGGUAUUUUGUUUUUACUGAUUUGACCAAAUAUCUUCAAGAGGUAUUUUUUUAUGCACCCAGUCCUUCAACAUUGAUGAAUUUAGAGUCUUAACAACUCAUUAUUCUGUUAGAAAUAUUUGUUUGUGGAUUCAUUUUAACAGUGCCAUGAAGGAUUUAAGCACAGCUGUACAAGAUACAUGACUUUGUGAAUUGCGUGUACGACAAAAGAAAAUAAGAUAUUAACAAGGAUAAAAAUGAAUUGUCAUAUGUAUGAAAAUACACACAUGGAAACAUGUGCAAUAUUGCAUGUUUCUUGAUGGUUUCUUCACUAGUAAAACCGCUGUUGAAUACCAAAGUUAAAAUAUUUUGACCAUUGAUUUUAUGAGCAUGAGGCAAGUUAAGUUGAAUUUUUCAUAAAGUUGCUAAUUCCACAGUUCAGUAGUUCAUUCUAAAUCUGUAGAAUAGUGAAGGUUUUUUUGGCCUCUUGCAGUUCCUACUUCAUAUUUUUCAGGUCUAACAAUCUUCAUCAUACUUAAUGUUUUGCCUAUUUUCAGUCUCUAUACAGUAUUUCCUGCAAGAGCUCCCAUUUUCAAUAGUACCCAGUACUUUGAGUUGGUGAAAUUUGACCCAGAUGCUGUGGAUGGACUAGGGUGGAGUUCAGGGAAACAAGCAGCAUUUCAGUUUGCUGCACUAGCUGUUACAUUAGCUCUAGGAAUAGCUGGUGGACUCCUAACAGGUUAGUUGUUGCCCUUAAGCUAUGAUACCAGUAGAUAGCAGUAUAUAUAACCAGCUUCACUAUAUACAGUACAUUGUCAAGCUAAGAAGAAAAGAGAGAAAUAAUCCUCACUUGUUGAAAGAUACUAUCUUGUGUGCAAUAGCAGCAGGGUAAAAUUUCUCUCUUGUGGUAUAUGUAUCAGUCUCAUUGAGCCAUGUCAAGCAUAUUCAGACAGAAUAUUCAGCAUCAGGAGAAAUUUUAAAAAAUUAGUAAUGUCACGCAUAUGGAUUGCUCCCACAUUCAUACCUUGUUUGACAUUUUUCACAAUGCAGACAGCCUAUUAAUCUUAAGGCUGAUGUACCUCUCUCUGACUCUCUUAUCAUGUGAAAUUUAUACAAGAAUUUACUUGGUAAUUUUUUUACAGGUGUCAUUGUCAAGCAGCCAUUUUUUGAUCCUUUAAGGGAUGAAGCAUUGUAUGAUGAUGGAGAGUUUUGGGAAGUAAGUGUUGUUAUUUCAGUUUUUGAAAGGGCAAGUACAUGUACAAAGCACCAUGAGGUGCAACAUACUUGAUGUACGCAAUCUAAAAACAAGAUAAUUGGAUUGAUGGGUGAUCAAAAAAAAUGAAUGAGGAAGACUUUUCCUAUCCCCCUUCCCAUGAACUUCCUCUCCACUCUAAGAGGUUUACUCCAAAAUACUGGCUCUUGUUGAUUUAUGGUGGUCAUAAUUUUGUUGUUCAGUUAAUGAACCUUAAUGGAUGGAAAGUGGUUGGAAUGUUUAAAAGAAGCCCUUAUGUUUAAUAUAAAAUAAUGGCACUCUAUGCACUGGAUAGACACUUAUAGGCAGAAUAGUGGCAUCUUUCCUUUUGGUAACUGUGUUGGGAGUUUCUGUCAGUAAUUGUGAAGAAAAGUUCCUUGAAAACACAUGUCAGCCAACAGUUGGCUGACUGGCCACUGAUGAGUAACCAACAGGACACUGACAGGUUACUUAUUGGCAAUAAACCCAAGAAUUAAUGUCCAAAACAAAACUUUUACGGUACUAUAUAUAUAUGCUUUUAAAUAUUGAAAUAAGUCUACAUAUGUUGAAUCACUUUUGAAAUGAGAUGAGACCUCUUUUUUUAAUGACAUCAUUCCUGGAAUCUUUCAAAGGAAGAAGUGUUUUGAAUCAGUUCUUAGAGCUUUGCAAACCUCUUUUUGGUGAUGUAUGUAUUGAUAAUGGAGUUUCAACUUAUGACUUUAACAGGUCCCUGCUGAUUUUCGUCCAUUAUCUGGUACUGUAUAUCCUCCAAGAGAAAAUGGUGCCGUGCAGGCAGAACAAGUUGAAUCAUUAGUCCAACAAGAAGAAAAUGAAUCAGAAGAACAGGCUGAUGGUCAAGUGUAAAAACAAUAUUAACAUGCAAUGAUUAUCUUUUAUUGGUACUGAUUGAGUACUUCUGUAAAAUACAGGUACUUAUUGUAAUUUGUAAGGAAUAUUUUUUCCAAUUUAUAUAAGAUUUUGUAUUAAAAAGAAAUUAUUAGACAAUCAAUAGGAAACAGUUUUUUCUCAUUCAACAUCAAAGAAAUUCCAUUAUCAACUACUGAAAGAAUAUUACAUUCCUUUUUGCAAUCUGUGAAAGUGACAUGUAAAGGCUGUUUGUUUUUCCUUCAAAUGAAAGACAGGAUAAAUGACUUUAUUCUUUAACUCUGAUCUGGUUUUUAACCCUCCCUUUUAGAUGUUAUACAUUUCAUUGUGAAUUAAGGGAGAAAUUGGUGUGAGAUCAGAGUAACUAGAGUUAAUACUUUGGCUUUUUUUUUGCAAGCACUGAAAAGUGUGUGUCAGUUGUGAACUAAAAUCAAAAAGCCCUCAGCUAAAAUGUUUAGCAAUUCCUAUUACUUAUUUUCUGGGUAACGUUUGUAGAGGAUAAAUAACGUAUUUAUCACAUCCAAAAGUGGAAGGUGUUCAUCUUAGUUCUAUAUUCCCAUGUCUAAGGUGUAACACUCAGAAUUGAAGAGACUGAUUGACAUAUUUCCAUUAAUUAAAUAGACCGAAUUUUGCAUUGAUGAACAAGUCAAGUAGGGGAUGCCAUUCCCCUCCCUUAACCCCUUACACCCCUGACAUCAGUAUGCAUAUUCUCUAUACUUUUCUCUACACAUUUCCUACAGAGCUGACAAGGAGAAUUUGUUUAACAAUCAAGAGCUUCUUGGGUUGGUGAUCAUUUCCUUUAUCCUCAUGACCUUAUUGUGUGAUCUGGGGGUGAUUUCGUAAUGAGAAAUUAGAUGCUGUUCACUCUCAGGGGUCAGAGGGUAAAAAAGAAAAAGGCCUCAUAGGGUUUUUAAGGUUUCAUAAGGGAUGGUAAGGUGUAUGUUAGGCCAGAUUAUUUAACCUUACAGAUCUCAACAAUUUAAGAAUGAUAAACAGACCCAAAAAACCAUAAGGGAUUAUAUGGUUAAAAGUCACUUUUGUCCAUAUAUAUUUUACUAGAGAAACCGUUAAUAAGGAGAAUUUAAGGGAGUUUUUUGCAGGUAUUUUAACUCAUUACAAAGGGGUUGCAGACGUAAUGUUAUCCUUGUGACCUUAUUGUGUGAUCUGGGGGUGAUUUGUAAGGAGAAAUUAGAUGCUAAUCACUCUUAGGGAUCAAAGGGUUAAAAAAAAAAAAAAAAAGGCCCCAAAGGGUUUUUAAGGUUUCAUAAGGAUGGUAAGGUGUAUGUUAGGCCAGAUUAUUUAACUUUACAGAUCUCACCAAUUUAAGAAUGAUAAACAGACCCAAAAAACCAUAAGGGAUUAUAUGGUUAAAAGUCACUUUUGUCCAUAUAUAUUUUAUUAGAGAAACCGUUAAUAAGGAGAAUUUAAGGGAGUUUUUUGCAGGUAUUUUAACUCAUUACAAAGGGGUUGCAGACGUAAUGAGAUUUUUAAGUUGUUGUGUAGCAUGUUUUAUACAGAACAAAAAAAUUAUCUAUCAAGCCUAAAGUAGAAAUUCAUAGAUCUUUUGAAAUUUUAAGAAUAUUGUGCUUAUUUAAUCAGCCAAAUAUUUAUCAUAGGAUAUGGUUAAUGAACUGUUUUAACCUUCAGUUAGCAGGGAACCCAAAUUGAAAAUAUUGAAACUUAACUAAACAAUAUAAAUAAACAUUUAUG